AUGUCCAACGAUCUGAGAAUGCUAAGGAGUGACUCCUCUCUGGAGCUGAGCUUGUACCGAGACCAGCAGUUCAAUGGCAGUAAUGAUGAGCUAGAAAAAUUACUGAAGGAAAGCUCUUUGUUGUAUGUGGGGAAUCUUUCCUUUUAUACAACUGAAGAUGAAAUAUAUAAGCUCUUUGGUAGAUGUAGUGAUAUUAAAAAUGUAUUUAUGGGCCUGGAUAAAAUAAAGAAAAUGGCAUGUGGUUUCUGUUUUGUAAAAUACUACAAUAGAGCUGAUGCCGAAAAUGCCAUGCGGUUCCUAAACGGGACCUACCUAGACGAUCGUAUCAUCCGCAUGGAUUGGGAUCUAGGCUUCAGACAGGGUAGACAGUACGGCCGAGGAUGAUCUGGAGGCCAGGUACGAGAUGACUUUCGUGAGGACUUUGAUGCUGGCAGAGGAGGCCUUGGAAAACAGGCU